GACUUAUAUCACUCACACAUUGCGCCUUCUGCUGUCCUCGACUCCAAACGACUUUUCUGUAAUCUCAACCGGACCCAUCGUCCAUCUACUUGCGCACCAGCCGUCCAAAACACUUACAAACGCUUGUCUGUUCUGUCCUUCUGCGUGACGGGAACGAGCACACGUGCUUCGAACGCUGCAGAAACACUUUCGGCUUUCCUGAAUCCCGCCUCCGGCCAAAAGAAAAACCUUUCCUGCGCUUUGCGUGAAGAAAAAAGAAGUUCAAAAAAAAAGAGAAAAAGUGUAAAAGUGAAAGCAAACAAUGGCUGAGGUACAAGUGCCGCUCGACACGAUCCCAAUCUCGCCGCCGGAUUCUCACCCCAACUACGGCAACGGCGACGAGUCCCCGGCUCCCGCGAGCAAGCCCGUCACCGUCUUCGACGACCCGGAAAACUUUAACGUCAAGCACCCGCUCAUGCACAAGUGGACGCUGUGGUUCACAAAGCCGCAGACCGGCAAGGGCGACAACUGGAACGACUUGCUGAAGGAGGUCAUCUCGUUCGACUCAGUCGAGGAGUUUUGGGGCAUCUAUAACAACAUCACGCCUGCCGACCAGCUCGCUCAAAAGUCCGACUACCACCUGUUCAAGGCUGGCGUGCGCCCGGAGUGGGAAGACGCGAACAACAAGCACGGCGGCAAGUGGUCGUACUCGUUUCGCGACAAGAAGCUGAUCAACAUCAACGAUCUGUGGUUGCACGUCAUGCUCGCCGCCAUCGGCGAGACUCUCGAGGACGAGGACGACGGCGAGGUCAUGGGUGUCGUCGUCAACGUCCGCAAGGGCUUCUACCGCAUCGGCCUGUGGACCCGAUCCACGGGCAAACCGUUCCCCGGCGGCGGCGACGGCAACACGGCCGGUGGCAAGGGACGCAGUCCCCAGCAGGGCCAGGAGAUCUUGAUGAAGAUUGGCAGACGUUUCAAGGAGGUGUUGGCGCUCAAGGACAGCGACGUUGUCGAGUUCUCCGGCCAUGUUGACGCUGCGCACUCGGGUUCCACUCGCGCGAAGGCCAAGUUCACCUGCUAGACGGCUUGGUAGAGUCUAGCCUCCUCCUUCUUUUUUUUUUUUUUUAUCUUUUUCACUUUCCUUGGAUCUUCGAUCUGAGCGUGCUCGAUCGACAAACAAUGUGAGCCGGUGUUUACAAAGAGGGUCACGCGACCCCGUUACUCUCCUAUGCAACAUCAGCAUUUUACGGGCAUUAGCAUUGGCGUUUCAGGCAGACCAAAACAGGCACGAGGAUAAUACUGGAGGAGAGAGGGUCUCCUGGGGGAAAGCCGGGUGUGGAGCAUGUGGCCACCCGGACGAGACAUCACUCUGGUCCUCAAGACACGAGCAUGGGAGGGUUGAAAUGAGGGGGAAAAAAGGGACUUCGCUAACGAAAUGGGAUGUGUGCAUAUACCACCGAUAGAAAUGGCACGGAAUACCUAUCAUCUUUACAGUACGUCCCGCUACUACCACCACGACAAUGACGGACGAAAUUAGGAUGGAAGUGGCAAAUUUUCUGGAAGCAAGGCUGCGUUGAGUUCGACGAACAUCAUAUUUCGAGCAUGAUAUCGGCCAAAGUCAUGAAGGUUGUAGAGAUAGCGUGAGCUUUUGCGCUAAUUGCAUAACUACGCUUUGUCAAUCGGCAUUUUCCCAC